AUGUCUUCUAAUGUACCAACAGUAUCACCUGAUAAGGAAAAAAAACGUCCAUUCGUUUCUGUAAAAUGUUUAUUAAAUAUAAAAUCGAUUGUUACUCAAAAUAUUUCAUCAAAUCGUAACAGUAGAAAUUCAUUAACAUCAACGUUGCCACCAUUACCACUUGUUGACCCAUUAGUAUCACCAAAACAAUCAAUUAAUCAUUCAAGUAGUACUAAAGAAAUUGAAGAAGCAACAUCAAAAAAUUUGCAAUCACCUUCGAAUCAAAACGUUGUUAUUAAAUGUUUAGAGAAAUCCUUUAAUGAACGAAUUAGUCCUAAUAAUGAACAUGAUCAGUCCAAUAUUGAAAAUGAUAACUCACAAUCAAAUAAUGAUAAAGAACAAAAAGAAAUACAACCAAUUAUACCAAUCUUUAUUUCUAAGGAAUCAAAUUCUGAACAGAUUCCUGUUCAAAUAGGUAUGUAUAUUGAUAUUAUAUGA